AGCUUAAACUCGCGCCGUCCACGUUGCAUGUACUGUAGGAUAAAAUCUCCUAUUUCACAAAUUCUCGCUCAAAAUAAAGUCGCCGACGAGUCAUCUGAUGUCGGAGGCGGGACGAGAGAUAACAAACAAAUGGAUUGGUCUGAGCUCCCACCUGAACUCAUAGAAACAAUCUCCAGAAGCCUCACCAUCUACACCGACUACCUCCACUCGCGCGCCGUCUGUCACACGUGGCGAUCCUCAAUCCCCAAAACUCCAAAAAACCUCCCUCCACAGCUCCCAUGGCUAAUGCUCCCUCAAUCCCAAUCCAACCAAUCACGUCGCGCCUUUUUCAAUCUCUCAACCAACAAAUCCCACCUCCUUAACCUCCCCGAAGUCUCUUAUCCCAAACGACACUGCGGUUCUUCCCACGGCUGGCUUAUUAUCAUCGACGACACGCCGUCGGUUCUUCUAAUUAACCCCCUCACGCGCGCCAGGCUCUAUUUGCCUCCGUUAUCGAGUUUUCCUAACGUCGUCGGAUUUAAUUACUCCGACGUCGGUAGAGAAUACGCGCUUCAAAUCAGGCUCGGUGGACGCAUCAACCUUAGCCUGAGGCAAAUGCGGGAUUGGUUUAUCCAGAAAGUUGUUCUGUCGUCUAGUCCGUUGAAGGAUGAUAAUUUUGUCGCCGUUGCAAUUCUUAAUCAAACAGGUGAUUUAGCUUACUGUAGAAACGGAGAUAAAUCGUGGAGUUUAAUUGAAAAUGCACGCACUUAUUCUGAAGAUGUGAUUUAUUAUAAUGGAAUGUUUUAUGCGGUUAAUAAGACUGGUCAAAUUGCUGUUUGUGAUGUUAGUGGUGAAUCACCUAGGGUUUCGAUAAUCGAAACGCCUAGACAAAUCGGUGGUGAUAUGCAGUAUUUGGUUAGUUCUGGAGAUGAAUUGCUAUUGGUGACUAGGUUUUUGGAUGUUGAAUAUGAAUUUGAUCAUCCUGAUAUGGAGCCGCAUUUGUUUUAUAGAACUACACGGUUUGAUGUUCUGAGGCUGGAUUUGAAUGGACCGCGGUGGCUGAGUAUGAGAAGCUUGGGUGAUAAGGCGCUGUUCAUCGGUGAAAAUAGCUCGUUAUCGUUGUCAGCUAGUGAUUUCCCCGGUUGUAUGGCAAAUUGUAUAUAUUAUACGAAUGAUUAUUCGGAUACUAAUGCUGAUGGCCAUGUUGGAGAGCAUGAUUUUGGCAUUUUCAAACUACGCGAUGACAGCACUGAACCUUUGCCUUGUUAUCCUCGGAAUUCUAACUCUCCGUCACAAUGGUCGUCUGCGCUUUGGGUUUCUCCCAAUCCAUACUGAUUUCAGGUCUUUGUCAUGACCCAGUUACUGAGUAGAACCAUGAACUACUUGUAACAACAAUCAGAUGCAAACUUGGAGGAACGGUUUAUUACGUGCAUCUACUAUACGACAAUAAUACAUAUUAUCUAACGAAGUUUGACUCUGUUAUAAUGGUCUCCGCCACUUUUGCUUUCACCCAGUCCAUACCGAUUUCAGGUCUUUGUCAUUAAGUACAGGUGUUUAUUUGGUUUGCAUAUGUCCAUGUAAUUAGUUUCUUAUUUAGCUGCUUGUUGCAUAUAACUUUUGUCCUGACAUAUAUUUUAUGCCUCUAUGUGCUACUUACCUAUACUGAUUUCAUACUUUACUCAUGGACCCAAUCACUCAACUUAGAAAAUUAAAAUUUGGAGAAAAAUGUGUACAAUUUCUUAACUUUUGAUUGGUCGCAUCCAUGAGUAAAGUAUUAAUACAAUUACCAAAUGGCUAUAAAUGUAAUUGAACAUAUAUAUGAUAAAGCUUUGCGUCUUGAUACGACUUCAUCCAA